CUUGAAGUCCGACUCUCUUAGGCCUAAACUCCGCGCCAUUGCUAAGACUCGCCGCGUGCCUGCCAGGGAAAACCCAGAAAAGAACCCACUCCAGAAAAUUUCCGACCUACCCCGCUACGAGACCAAAACAUCCCCGGUCCUAAUCCCUCGAUCCUUUCCCAAAACCACGUCUCCCUCUCCCAAUCAACAGAAAGGACAAAAUUAUUAGAAAUGGCCAAUAUGGACACACCCGUGCGCCUUACCGUUCUCAUAUCCGGCAAUGGCUCCAACCUCCAAGCAGUGAUAGACAAGACACAGCAAGGACAACUCUCGACGCAGAUCGUGCGCGUCAUCUCCAACCGCCAGAAUGCGUAUGGUCUCGAGCGGGCUCGACAGGCCAACAUUCCCACGCAAUACCACAACCUGGUGAAGUACAAGAAACAGCACCCUGCUACACCAGAGGGCAUUCAGGCGGCGCGGGAAGAGUACGACGCCGAAUUGGCCCGAUUGGUACUGGCUGACAAGCCGGAAAUGGUGGCUUGUUUGGGAUUCAUGCAUGUUCUGUCGCCGAGGUUCUUGGAGCCGUUGGAGGAAGCUAAGAUUAAUAUCAUUAAUCUGCACCCGGCUCUGCCCGGGGCGUUUAAUGGGGCGAACGCUAUUGAGCGUGCGCAUGCUGCUUGGUUGGAAGGGAAAAUCGAUAAGACGGGUGUUAUGAUCCAUAGAGUCAUUUCGGAGGUGGAUAUGGGGCAGCCCAUUCUGGUCAGAGAAAUUCCGUUUGUGAAGGGGGAGGAUGAGGAUCUGCAUAAGUUUGAGCAGAAGGUGCAUGAGGUUGAGUGGGGAGUGGUCAUUGAGGGGGUGAAGCUUACGAUCCAGGAGGUCAAGGAGAGCAGGUAGAUUUUAUUGCUCUUACGUGAGAGGGGUGUGGCUGGUGGAUCAGUGUUUUUGGCUAUGAG